AUGACGACGACGAUUGAUAAACCGUAUGUUCACGAGGGUGGGAUACGUCCUUACUUUGAACAGCAGAUACAGGAAACUGAGAUUCAAAUACAGCAAACUGCUCAAAAUUUACGUCGAAUAGAAGCUCAACGUAACAAGUUGAACAAUAAUGUAAGACAAUUGAAAGAUGAGUUACGUUUAUUACAGGAACCAGGUUCGUUUGUAGGAGAAGUCAUCAAGGUGAUGGGGUUGAAAAAAGUAUUGGUGAAGAUCCAUCCCGAGGGAAAGUACAUUGUUAAUGUCACAAAGGAUGUUGAUGUGAAGAAAUUGACACCAUCCGUUAGAGUAUGUUUGAAGGCUGACAGCCAUGAUUUGUACAAGAUUUUGCCCAAUAAAGUAGAUCCAUUGGUUUCUUUAAUGAUGGUUGAAAAAGUUCCCGAUUCCACUUACGACAUGGUUGGUGGACUAGAUAAACAAAUCAAAGAAAUUAAAGAAGUUAUUGAAUUACCAGUAAAGUAUCCUGAAUUGUUUUCGAGUUUGGGUAUAGCUCAACCUAAAGGUGUUAUAUUGUAUGGCCCACCAGGUACCGGCAAGACUUUGUUGGCUAGAGCAGUGGCUCAUCAUACCGAGUGUAAGUUCAUCAGGGUUUCAGGUUCAGAGUUGGUUCAAAAAUAUAUUGGUGAAGGGUCAAGAAUGGUUCGAGAAUUGUUUGUUAUGGCUAGGGAACAUGCGCCUUCGAUUAUAUUUAUGGACGAAAUUGAUUCCAUUGGAUCAUCUAGAGUUGAAGGCUCUUCAGGAGGAGAUUCUGAAGUUCAACGUACAAUGUUGGAGUUAUUGAAUCAAUUAGAUGGAUUUGAAAGUUCUAAGGAUAUAAAAAUUAUUAUGGCCACUAAUAGAUUGGAUAUCUUGGACCCAGCAUUGUUGAGACCUGGUAGAAUAGAUCGAAAAAUUGAAUUUCCUGCACCUACAUUACAAGCAAGAACCGAUAUUUUGAAAAUUCACUCUAGAUCAAUGAAUUUGACAAGAGGUAUAAAUUUGAAAAAGAUUGCAGAAAAGAUGAAUGGUUGUUCUGGUGCUGAUGUAAAGGGUGUUUGUACCGAAGCAGGUAUGUAUGCUCUUCGAGAAAGAAGAAUACAUGUCACUCAAGAGGAUUUCGAGUUGGCUGUGGCUAAAGUGAUGUCAAAGAAUGAUGAGGGUACUGUAUCACUUCAAAAGUUGUUUAAAUAG